AUGGAUUUACGAACACUGAACGAGACCUCUACGUUCUUGGAGUGUGUGGGAGCGCAAGGCGCUGCGUCAAACAGAACAAUGAACGUCAGUCUGGGACUCACAAACAUCACCACCUGUGGAAACGAGUCCGUGGUGCUCAAACCGCAGCAUGUCAAACAGAAAGAGGUGGACUCUCUGCGUAUCCUGCUCUAUUCGGUCAUCUUCCUCCUCAGUGUGUUGGGCAACCUGCUCAUUAUCGUGGUCCUGGCAGUCAACAAGCGCAUGAGGACGGUCACCAACUCCUUCCUGCUGUCCCUGGCAGUCAGCGACCUGAUGAUGGCCAUCUUCUGCAUGCCCUUCACCCUCAUCCCCAACCUCCUGGAGGACUUCAUCUUUGGAGCCGCCAUGUGCAAGAUAGUGGCCUACCUCAUGGGUGUAUCCGUGAGCAUCUCCACCUUCAGCCUGGUUGCCAUAGCGAUCGAGCGCUACAGCGCCAUCUGCAACCCGCUGAAAUCGCGGGCGUGGCAGACCCGUUCCCAUGCCUACCGGGUGAUCGCCGCCACCUGGCUCCUGUCCUUCAUGAUCAUGACCCCCUACCCCGUGUUCAGCCACCUGAAGCACGUUCCCUUAAAGGACAACAUCACCAUCGCACGCAUGUGUCGCCACAUCUGGCCCUAUCCGGAGGUGGAGCAAGCCUGGAACAUGAUGUUGCUGCUUACGCUCUUUGUUGUUCCGGGGGUGGUGAUGAUUGUGGCCUAUGGACUCAUCUCCAGAGAGCUGUACCGGGGAAUCCAGUUUGAGAUGGUUCAGAAGACAUCAUCCCCCGGUCUAAAGAACGGCCUGACCACCACCGGGGCUUGCGGCAGCGACGACGGUGAUGGAUGCUACGUCCAGCUCGCCAAGCGACCGCGCUCCAUGGAGAUGUCCACUCUGACAUCAUCGACGACAACCGCGUCCAAAUUGGAGCGUCCCCGCAGCAACACCUCGGAGGCCAAGCUCUUGGCCAAGAAGCGCGUGAUCCGGAUGCUGGUGGUGAUUGUUGCUCUGUUCUUCCUGUGCUGGUUGCCCCUCUACUGCGCCAACACCUGGAAGGCUUUCCACCCCGUCUCUGCCCGCCGUGCCCUCUCUGGUGCCCCCAUCUCCUUCAUCCACCUCCUGUCCUACACCUCGGCCUGCGUUAACCCCAUCACCUACUGCUUCAUGAACACACGCUUCCGCACUGCGCUGCUCGCCACCUUCGCCUGCUGCUGCCGCCCGCCCUGCCGACACAGACGCCACGGGCUGCGGGAUGGAGAGGAGGACGCCAUGGCUAUGGGGGUGUCCAUGUCCAAAUUUAGUUACACCACGGUCAGCACUAUGGGGACGUGCUGAGGGAGGAACCAUUGACUGACUGGGGGACG